AUGCCCCCAAGUGAUCCCUUCAAGGCUGAUCAGGUGAUCCAAGACGUUGGUAACUCAAACCCAUACAUUGCUGUAGGUGUGAAGGCAAUCAUGGAUGAUGUCAUUGGUCCCUUUGCAACACGCCUACUUGAUGAUUUGAAGACUGGAGGGUCAGAAGGUUGGAAAUAUAUGAUGAACUUUGACCACUACUCAACUUGUGCUUAUAUGCAGCUCAAGUACAUACCAAGCCCAAGCCUUGGUCUACCCAACAAGUCUCUCUUGACAGAUGUUGUUAACUGGUGUGAGACUUUUGAUAAGUCCACUGGCUGGUAUGAUCACGCUUUCUCUGAGACCAUCUUAGAGGCUGUUGCUUUCGGUUGGCAUCCUGGACCUAACCCACCUCCCAUGCAAUGGUUUUGCAUUGAGAAUAACAAAGACAUUAUCACAUACAACUCCAGAGUGAUGGCCAUUGGAGUUAAGGAGGAUAACUCUGGCAUGGAUGUCAUUACAAACAACAAGGAUCGUCACGAAUUCUCGCAUAUUGGAAUGCAGUUCAGAACUGUGUGGUGGACAACUGGGAUGGAUUUAAGUGGAAAUCCUCUGAAUAUAGUUGGAGGACAGAUGUACACUGAUAGACCUUUGCACACUGUUGUUUAUCCUUCCUUUGGAAGCAUCCAGGCUGGGAUGAUGACCACACUUAUUGCCAGCUACUGCUGGACAGAGGAUGCUACUAGGCUGGGUGCAUUGAUAGGCAAAGACAAUGCAAUGCUGGUGCAGCUUGUGUUGAAGGAGCUGGCAGACCUGCACAACAUUGAUAUAACAUAUCUGCAUAACCAGCUGAUUGAAUGCAAGGGAUGGAGUUGGUCCCAUGAUCCAUAUAUGAUGGGUGUCUUUGCUUUCUUUGGACCUGGAAAGUUCGGAAAUCUUUACACAAGCCUCAACAAUCCUGCUGUGGGAGGUUAUCUUUAUUUCGCUGGCGAAGCCAUCAGUGUACAGCAUGCUUGGGUGGAGGGUGCAUUGGAUAGCGCUUGGAGAGCCGUCCAUGAAAUGCUUGUUUUCCCCUCUUUUCAAUCCUACCGAGACAAGUUCUUUGAGAAUUGGAGUAAAUCCUGA